UCGCCACUCGCCACUUCAAACGUGCACCAUCUGAAUUACAGUCAUUCAAACGAAAAAAACACUAAGCAGAUGCCAAAAAAGAAAAGAUGUCUUUUCAUUUGAUACACGAUUCGAAGUUCUUCUUGAAGCAAAAGAUCGAAUACCUGGUGUGCGAAGUCCGAAGAUGAAUAUGAUUCCACCAAAUACGAGCAUGGACGCUGCAAGGAAACAGUUCUUGAAGGAAUUCGGUGAAUCUUACGGUUAUCCGAAUGCUCCCAAGCACAUCGAUGAUCUCCGAGCUACUGAAUUUAAAAGACUCGAUGGAAAUGUCUACUUGGAUCACGCUGGUGCAACUUUAUAUUCUGAAUUACAGAUGGAGGCAAUAUUUAGAGAUCUUACUACCACUGUAUACGGAAAUCCUCAUACUCAAAGCAGCUCUAGCUUGACCUCAUCAGACAUUGUAGAAGAUGCUCGUCAUCAGGUUCUCAAAAUCUGUAAUGCAUCACCAAAAGAGUACAAAUGUAUUUUCACUUCUGGAGCAACAGCAGCUCUUAAACUUGUUGGUGAGGCUUUUCCUUGGAGCAAUGAAAGCACUUUCAUGUAUACAAUUGAGAACCACAACAGUGUCCUUGGGAUCAGAGAGUAUGCUCUCAAUAAAGGAGCUGCAGCAUUAGCAAUAGACUUUGAGGAAACUGCACAAUCUGAUACAUUUGGAAGCACUAAAUCUUCCAUCAAAGUCUCACAGUAUCCUAUACCAAAGAGAAGUGAAGCUAGGGUUUCAAACAAAGAUCCUACUGGACAUACAUACAAUUUAUUUGCUUUUCCUACAGAGUGUAAUUUCUCAGGAGUGAGGUUUAAUCUUGAUUUGAUAGACAUGAUUAAGGAAGAUUCAGAGCGAAUAUUGGGAGGUUCUCAACAUUCCAGGGGAUCAUGGAUGGUUUUACUUGAUGCUGCAAAAGGUUGUUCUACAGAACCUCCGGAUUUAUCAAAGCAUAAGGCAGAUUUUGUUGUGAUCUCAUUUUACAAGCUUUUUGGCUAUCCAACUGGACUUGGAGCUUUGGUAGUUGGAAAUGAAGCUGCAAAAUUACUAAAGAAGACCUACUUUAGUGGAGGGACAGUGGCUGCAUCGAUUGCUGACAUUGACUUUGUGAAAAGAAGAGAAGGUAUUGAAGAGUCAUUUGAAGAUGGAACAUUAUCAUUCUUGAAUAUUGCAUCCAUUCGCCAUGGAUUUAAUAUCCUAAAUACUCUCACCACAUCAGCCAUAUCAAGGCAUACCUCAUCACUUGCAAGAUAUACAAAAAAUAUGCUUUUGGCAUUAAGGCAUGCAAAUGGUGUGGAGGUUUGCAAGAUAUAUGGACUUCAUUCUCUAAAGGCAGUGUAUAGUGGAGUUGGUCCUGUAAUUUCUUUUAACUUGAAACGGUCUGAUGGUUCUUGGGUUGGCCAUCGUGAAGUGGAAAAAUUGGCUUUUUUGUCUGGAAUUCAACUAAGGACAGGAUGCUUUUGUAAUCCUGGUGCAUGUGCCAAGUAUCUUGGUUUAUCUCAUUCAGAUCUGAUAUCCAACAUUGAGGCUGGACAUGUAUGCUGGGAUGAUUAUGAUAUAUUAAAUGGGAAACCAACUGGAGCUGUUAGAGUAUCUUUUGGAUAUAUGUCAACUUUUGAAGAUGCAUGGAAAUUCAUUGACUUUGUUGUGAGAUCUUUUGUAUUGUUGCCUACCAAUGGUAUAAAUCUUAAUCCAUUAAGAUCCACAGAAAGUUCACAUCAUCUUACAUCAAUUGUGGUGUAUCCAAUAAAGUCAUGCUCAGGGUUCAGAGUGGACACUUGGCCUCUCAGCAGUACUGGAUUGUUAUAUGAUCGAGAGUGGCUUCUCAAAAGCAUGAAUGGUGAAGUUCUUACACAGAAGAAGGUACCUGAAAUGUACUAUAUAAACACAAAGAUUGACCUAAAAAUGGGAAUGCUUCAUGUGGAAUCUUCUAGAUGCAAAGAGAAACUAUCUAUUGAACUCAAAUCUGAUACUUUUUCUGUAGUAGAAGAAAUUAAUAUACAUGCCCAAAGAUAUGAAGUUUUGGGAUAUGAUAACAAGAUUGACGAAUGGUUUAGUAAAGCAGUUGGGCGUCCUUGUUAUCUGUUAAGAUCAAGUUCUAGACGCUGUAACCACUUUAACAGAAACAAAAACAAAAACAUGGGCACAUGUAGAGAUGUGAAUACUAGAUUAAACUUCGUGAAUGAAGCCCAGAUUUUAAUGGUAUCUGAGGAGAGUGUAUCUGACCUCAAUUCUAGACUAGAUUCUAACAGGUUUGUUGAUCCAAUGAUAUUCCGACCUAAUCUAGUUAUAUCUGGUGGUGGGCCCUGUGUUGAAGACACGUGGACUGGUCUCAAGAUUGGAAAUAAUCACUUCAUGUCAUUGGGUGGGUGUAAUCGUUGCCAGAUGAUUAAUUUGAAUUAUGAAGGUGGUGAGGUAAAGAGAUCAAAUGAGCCUUUAGCUACUUUAGCAUCAUACAGGAGAGAAAAGGGGAAAAUACUCUUUGGAAUUUUACUGAGGUAUGAGUGUGACAAUGAGGUUGGGGAAGAGAUGUCUUCAUGGCUUCAAGUGGGACAAGAAGUACACCCCGAUACAUAAAAUGAUAAUAUCAUAAUACGACUUUGUACAUGUAAUGUUAAUCUUAUAAAGUUUAAUUCUACUUUUGGAGAUUUAAGUCUUAGAAUUUAUGAUGUGAUCAUGUAAUAAGGUUUGUAUGAUAUGUUUGCGUAUAUUUCAUGCGCACACAACGUGUAGUGAUAAUCAAAACUUGGAUCUCGAAUUGGAUUAGUUGAA